ACUACAGUCCCAUUAACGAUUCAGUCUAGCUCACAAGCAUAUCCUUCGCAGGCAACGUCUAACUCGCUACCAAUACAUCCAUCAACAAUUUCAACCGAUUCAAUCUCAUCAAUUUUACCGUCGCCCUCACAGCAAUACGCAUCUCAAUCGAAUGCAUCAGCAACACAAUCACUAUAUUCAUUGCCAAUCGCAUCAGCUGUACAGCCAUACCAACACUACUACACGCCGCCGCAGGCACCAGCAUUUCCGAGCUCACUUUACCAAGCACCAAACCCAUAUACUCAACCAUUUAUUCCACCAACCCUACAGCCCUAUGCUAGUAGCCAAUACUGGGGAUCUCCCACAUCAACUCAACAACAACACCAGCAACAGGCACAAUAUCGCACGUAUCCGACGUAUCCACCACCGUCUUGGCAUCCAUAGGGUUUACUGUACCCGUUCUUCUAACCAAAUUAUCCACGGAAUCAAAAUAGCGACUUCGAGUUUAACACUUGAUGUGUGCGGCUAAAAUAACAUUGUACACUAAAAUUUAAACGAAAAAAAAUGAAGAAAGUAUUACGCAAAGAUAUAUGUAAAUGUUCUUCCAAUUGGCACAAGGUGGGAAAAGACACAUGCAUGAACAAUUAUAUCCAUUAUUCAGUUAAAAAUUACCAUUUAUUUCACAAAAUAAUUAUGUUGAUAUUUUUUUGUGAGGUGUGUUCGAAUAGAUUGAAACGUUCGAAUGAUUCAGUUCAAAAUGUCUAUCGUAAAUUUCGAAUCAUAAAAAAUCGUUUCUCAUCCUUUAUUUAUUACAUAUCUCGAAAAGAGACAGCGUCUAACGGAAAGUUUACACUAUAGUGAUGACAAACGAUUAUUUUGAUAAAAUAUGAGGGAUUGACAUCCGUUAUAGAAAAGAAAACAAAAAAAUAUUAGUAUUACGAAAGAAAAAUUGAUAAAAGGCAGCUCAUGACUUUCAUAAAGGACACAGAAGUUUGAAUCAAACAAUCGAAUUCGUGUAAAACAUGAAUUGGAGUAAAAAGAAAAUCUUAUUAAGCUGAGACAUAAUAGUAGGGUUGUAAUUGUAUGGAUAGGAUAUUCAAUUAGCAAAGUUCCAUAACAUAGAAAAGUACUUUACUGCUUAGUGAAGAGUUGAUUUUAGCACCGUUCUAAUGUUCAUUUUAACUUUGAAAUUAUCCUAAAUAAAAAUUUAAUUAGUUCGACAAAGAAAA